AUGUUGUGUACCAAAUUCCGCACUCCCAGCUUUCCUCUGCGCUGUUUCUCCACGUCUACGCCACGGUGCGAGAUCAAAGACAUCGGCAGCUUGUCUCGGCGCCUGAUACCAAAAUACCAAGAAUCCUGCGAUGGAGAACUCCUGUCUCUCCAAUGGCCGGCACCGCCACGAAAUAUCUUUAUAGUACGCAAAGAUUGCGCCCCAGCAGUUACUGAUUCUCUAAUUGAAUUUGUCAAUCAUGUGUCUUCUACAUACCCAUCUACUGCCGUGAUCCUCGAGUCCAAAACCGCCGCCGAGGUACAUUCUUCUCUCCAAUUCCCCGUGUACGCAGCUUCCCUCGACGAGAAACCAACCGCUCUCCACGACACGGUGGACCUCACAGUGACGCUGGGCGGAGAUGGCACAAUUUUACAUGCAGCCUCUUUAUUCGCGACCUGCUCAAAUGUUCCACCUGUUUUAUCGUUCAGCAUGGGCACAUUAGGCUUCUUGAGUGAAUGGAAAUUCUCAGAAUUCAAGCGAGCGUUCCGAGAAGUCUACAUGUCCGGUGCUGGGGCAGGAGAUCGCACUCCCGUGCUGGAACAGCCCCCAGCAACCGAGGGACUUGAGGAGCCGGAGAUGGGACCGACUGGGUGGUCCUCUGUUCGUGGCAAGUCUAUGGGAUCUACGCGCGGGGCUCGUAUUCUCAUGCGCAACCGACUCAAAGUCGGCCUGUUCACAGCAGAAGGAACAGAAACGACGCCCAUCCGGACCAAGAGCGACAAGGGCCAGGGGGUAUACGUGAUGAACGAGCUUCUGAUUCACCGUGGCAAGGAACCACACUUGGCGGUGGUGGAUGUCUUUGUGGGUGGACGGUUCCUGACCGAGGCUGUGGCGGACGGAAUCAUCAUUUCGACCCCGACGGGGAGUACCGCGUACAGUCUCAGCAGUGGGGGUAGUAUUGUACAUCCACUUGUGCCUUCCAUCCUAUUGACGCCGAUCUGUGCGCGUAGUCUGAGUUUCCGCCCCCUGGUUCUGCCUUCCAGUACGCCUAUCACACUGCGGUUGAGUGAAAAAAACCGGGGGCGGGAAUUGGAGGUUAGUCUGGACGGGGUUAAUUUAGGUCAAGGGAUGGGAGUUGGCAUGGAAGUGCGAGUGUGGAAUGAAGAAAUGAGGCAUGGGAAGAAUGAGUGGCAGGGUGGUGUUCCGAGUGUGAUGCGGAGAAGUAUGGGAUCUGAGGCACACGAGGGAUGGGUAGGUGGAUUGAAUGGAUUGUUAAAGUUCAAUCAUCCUUUUGGGGAGAAUAUUGUAGUAUGCCCUACUAUACCUAGUAUGGCUCUAGACUUUUCCGCUAGUCCGUCUCGAGGGGGCCUCAGGAGGUCUCGGCGCAUUCGUUACCUUUCCUUUCCCCCUGCACAAUCUGUACUCCCUGGCAAAAUGACUUCCUUUGGAAACAAUACGUACGGACCCAAUCAGUUUAUGAAUCCGGGGCCAGCUCCCCGCCCCCCUACCGAUCGCCCCCCCAAAUUGACCCUACCCACCCACAACACCGCCGCCUCCUUCGCUCAGAUGAGUCUGGACUCUCCAAGCACCCCAGGUCCCCAUUCCGCAAAUCUUUCGCUGUUCCCCAACACCAGCAGCCCGUCGCUGGCUAUGAGUCGGAGCAACACCGGUCAGGGUGGAAUCUCGAUUGUCAAAGAAGGCACCGUUCGCUGUAAGGAAGACAAGUUUUUAGCAACAUGGAACUCACGAUAUUUGAUCUUGCGCGAGUAUAAACUUGAGUUUUUAAAGAAUGAAUCUGGCAAAGUGGUGAUUUCGUUCCCUUUAUCCACGAUCACCUCCGUGGCUCGGUCUGAAGACUGCAAGAUGGCCUUCGAGGUCACUCGUUUGGCGAAUCCGAAGGAUGCCACCGCCAAAACCGCCCUUUUGACUCGCGAUCUUCCCACCAAGACCAUCACUUGUGAGGUGAAGUCGGAUGAUGAGAUCUAUGAGUGGAUCGAUAAGAUCUAUGAGCGCUGCCCUGGAAUGGGUGGUGUCAGCAACCCAACCAACUUCAGUCACCGAGUGCAUGUUGGAUUUGACCCACAGUCUGGUGCAUUCGUCGGAUUGCCACCAGAGUGGGAGAAGCUUCUGACGGCCUCAGCUAUCACGAAGGAAGACUACAAGAAGAAUCCCCAGGCGGUGAUCGAGGUUCUUGAGUUUUACUCUGAUAUCAAAAUGCGCGAGCAGAACCCUCAAUAUUACGCAGGGACAAACUCUCCUGCAAAUGGCCAGUCCAAACCAUAUGGCAGCAGUGUCGGAAACUCCAUCGCUCCACCGAGACCGCCCCCGCCAGGACCGAUGCAGCGCCUCGAUAGCGGGCCGUCAAAUCAAUCCGAUGGCUCGAUGCGCUCCGCAUCUGGUUCGGUAGGACAGGCAGACCGUGCGGCGGAGCAGCAACAGCAAUUGGAACGCAUGAAGGAAAUGGCUGAUCAGGAGCGUCGUCGCGUCGAAGAGGAAGCUCGCCGUAACCAGGCUGCUUACAAUGCGUCCAUCCCGCAGACCCGUACACCGGGAGCCAAGCAGGAGCUCGGCGGUUAUGGUGGGGAUGACAGUCGCUACCAACCAAGCCGCCCCGCUCCCCAAGCCCCGGGUGCCGCUGCUCGCGCGCAGGAUCCUCGACAGCUCACCGCACAGCGUCCGGCCCCGGCGCCGCCAUCGCAAAACCCCCACGGCCAGAGAGCACCCGGUGCUCCUCGCAAUGAGGACCGCCAGGGCUCCCCAAGUUCUCGGUAUCCUCCUAAUGACCCGCGGAACCAAAGCUCAUCCAGCCGGCCACAGCAAAACGGUGCCAAGGCGCAGCAGGCCGGACCUCCUCCAAGUCGUCUGCCCGCCCCUGUGCAGGCUGUGAAGCCGCUGAACAUUGCCAACAAGCAAAAGGCCAACAACCAAAGCGUCCCCGAGGGCGUUCGUCAGGCCGAAAACGCUCUCACCAAGAAGCCAGAACAAUCCAAGAAGGAGGUGCGCAUGUCCGGCAUGUCAGAGAGCGACGUCAUGAACCGACUGCGCGAGGUCGUGUCCAAGGACAACCCCAAUGAGUCGUACAGCAAACAGCGCAAGAUUGGUCAGGGUGCUUCUGGCUCCGUGUAUGUGGCGCGCGUGAAGGAGGGCGCCACCUCGGCCGUCGCUCACGAGCUCUAUCGUACUUACGGCCCCCGCUGUCAGGUGGCCAUCAAGCAGAUGGAUCUGCGUAGCCAGCCCCGCAAGGAGUUGAUUGUCAAUGAAAUUAUCGUCAUGAAGGACAGCCAUCACGCGAACAUUGUCAACUUCCUUGACUCCUUCCUGCAGGAAUCCAACAAUGAGCUCUGGGUCGUCAUGGAGUUCAUGGAAGGAGGUGCAUUGACUGAUGUUAUUGACAACAACCCAACCAUCUCCGAGGAUCAAAUCGCAAGAAUCUGUACCGAGGUAACCAAAUCCCCCUCUUGUCUUCCCAUACUCUUUACCUAUAUACUAACUCCACCCAAGACAUGCAAGGGUCUAUAUCAUCUCCACGAGCAGAACAUCAUCCACCGAGACAUCAAAUCCGACAACGUCCUCCUGGACCUCAUCGGCAACGUCAAAAUCACCGAUUUCGGCUUCUGCGCCAAACUCACCGCAGCCAAAGACAAGCGCGCAACAAUGGUCGGCACCCCAUACUGGAUGGCCCCCGAAGUCGUCAAGCAGAAGGAGUAUGGCCCCAAAGUCGACUGCUGGUCCCUGGGUAUCAUGACCAUCGAAAUGAUCGAAUCCGAGCCCCCUUACCUAAACGAAGAACCCCUCAAGGCCCUUUUCCUUAUCGCGACCAACGGUACCCCCCGCCUAAAGAAACAAGAAAAAUCCUCCAAAGAAAUCAAAAGCUUCCUGAGCGUCUGUCUCUGCGUCGACGUCAACUCCCGCGCCACAUCAAAAGAACUCCUCGCUCAUCCCUUCUUGCAAACGGUCUGCAGCUCUGCCUCACUUGCGGAACUGCUGCGAUUCAAGAAGACCGGUUCCGGAAAGUAA